AUGGCGGAGCUUCUCUUUAACAUCAAGGGCCAGCUGAAGCUGCUUCAGCAGUCCCUACUCCCGCCCAAAGCGACAUUCAGCCCAGACCAGAUUCCUGACCUGACAGGGAAGGUUACACUCGUCACCGGCGGUAAUACCGGGGUCGGCUACGAGAUCGUUAAGGAGCUGCUGAGACACAAUGCAAAGGUAUACUUAGCCGCACGGAGCGAGGAAAAGGCCACCGCCGCCAUUGAGCGGCUGAAGAAGGAGACCGGGAAGGAGGCGCAUUUUCUGCAUCUCGACCUCGGCAAUAUCGCGUCGGUAAGGAAAGCAGCAGAGGACUUCCUCGCAAAGGAGACUGCACUUCAUACGCUCUUCAACAACGCGGGCGUGAUGUGGUCUCCCGUGGAGGACGUCACCGCUGACGGGUACGACCUGCAGUUCGGGACGAACGUCCUCGGGCACUUCCUCCUGACGAAACUUCUCCUGCCCGCGCUGCUCAAGGGCAAGGAGUCCUCCGGCGACGGCCAUGCGCGCGUGAUCACGACCACCUCCCCCUACGCGUACAUCGGGCACAUCAACUUCGACACGCUCAAGGACGGCCCCGCGCGCCGGAAACAGAGCACCGAGGUCCUGUACCAGCAGAGUAAGCUUGGGGACAUCCUCGUCGCGUUCGAGCUCGCGCGGAGGUACGGGGAGCAGGGGAUCGUGAGCGUGACGCUGCACCCGGGCAUUCUGAAGACGGACCUGCUGAGGCACACGAACUUCGUGAAGAGGGCGGCGUUGGAAUCGGUGUACUACCCACCGGCGAUGGGUGCGCUUACGCCGCUGUAUGCGGGAACUACGCCGGAGGGCUUGAAGCUGAAUGGAAAGUACUUGAUCCCCUGGGCUCGCGAGGCGGAGGUCUACAACAAGGAGGCGUACGACGAGGAUCUUGCUCGCCGGCUGUGGGAGUGGCUAGAGGAGCAAGUAAAGGCGGCUUAG